AUGAGGCUCACCAGCCGCACGGAGCAGUCCCCGGGGGCCCCGGAGACGCGGCACCACUCGACGCGGGAGAGGAAGGAACACUGCCGCCGCCGCAGAAGGAACCGCAGCGGGGACAGCGGCAACGGCGGCGACUUCCGACGAUUGGGGUGGCUUGACGGCGCCGCUGCUGGCGAACGUGCUCCGCCGCGCCUGUACGGCAUCGGCGUUGCCUACAGCGGCCCACCAUGCGUAUGUCGGCAUUGGCGGCAGGUGUGUAACGAGAUGGAAGAGAAGGAUAAGGCGGUCGCCGCGGCAGUGACCUGUACGUCAGUUGCCACGGCUGUAGCAGAGGCGGAGGCGGCAGCGGCAGCUGCCGCCGCCGCCGGGGCUACUCGUGGAGUGCUGGGUGCCGCCGGAGGCAUAACUGGUGGAGCAGCCGCCGCUGCCGCUGCCGCUGCUGCUACCAGCGAUGGCGGAAAUGCAGCGGCGGCGGCGGCAGUGGAGGGGUCGUCCGCAGCGGGGCAUGCUGCCGGCGGCGGCGACGGCUGCGGCAGAAUUCGUGAUGGUCAGCACGGCGUCGCUGGCGGGCUGUGGGGCUGUCUGGACCUCCGCAGCCGGCCUUCAGUCCGCUUCGACGACCAGGUCGUCCAGGGAGGGCUCAUCUCCCGCCGCUGGUCGCAAGUCCAAACCCUCCGCCUCCGCACCUGCCCCGGUCUCACCCGCGACGGCUUCACCAGGCUGUGUGGGGGCUGUCUGGGACUCACAUCCCUGGAGCUGACCCAGUGCGACUCACUGGUCAAGCUGGACACCAUGCGGGUCGUACUGGCGUCCCUGCCAAGACUGCGGCAUCUGGACCUGAGCCACAACCAGGAAGGGGUGAUGGACAACGUCAUCAAACUGGCGCUGGCACCCAGAAGGAUCUCAACGUCACCGCCAUCAGCGCCGCAACAGCAACAGCAGCGACAGCAGGCGGCUGAAGGCGAGGGCGGCCGUGCUGCUGCCGAUGGCGGCGCUGGCGGCUCCGGCGGGCUGCCGGAUCCUGCAGGAGGUGCUAGCGGCGGCAGCAGAGGGUCUGGCACGGUGCCCUGGGCGCUUCCGUGUCCUCUGCGGGUGCUCCACACAUAUAAACAGUAUGUUGCUGUUAAGGGGGUAAUGCUCAUCCGGGGACACAGCCCGGGAUUACGAUUAUAA